GUUAUACCAUAUUCCAUUAGCUAAUCGAAAUUCGACAUAUUGGUAAAUCUAAGAUGUCACGUUAUUCUUUUGCUUGAAAGAUUAAAAGAAAGGGACCGGAAAAAAAGCAGCCUCUUGCUCAUCAGAUUAUUUAUUCAGUUGCAGUUUACAAAUCAGCAUGACAUAUCUGAAAAAUUGAGUGUUAAGCCAAUCAUGUAAAAAAGUUUUCAAUAAUUCAACCCAUGCUACAUGAUAAUAGUCAGAAAAUUCAACACCAGCAAUAAAUUUAGACAUCAAAAGGUCAAUAAUUUAGAGACCCCUGUGGUCCUAGCAGAGUAAAUAACAAAUCCACAAGAGUCUUUUGAGUCAACCCCUAACCAGACACACCUUAAUGCUCAUCCAAGGAAAAAAGAAAAAGAGAAAAGAAAAAAAAAAUUGGGGGUGUGAAGAAAAGAUAACUGUUGUGUAAAUAAUGGAAAUAAUAAAUGCUUUUCUUUUGGGUGGGCAGAAGAGAGGGGCAUAACAGGAUGCUCAUUUUUCCUUUGGUUCCAGUUGUCAAGAACCUGAGGGUUGUGUUAUAAUGGUUUUUGUGUUGUGCAGGUGAAAACUUUAUUGCACUCUGUACUACAUAGAGACUUUCCGACCAAAGCAAGCCACCGACAGUUCUUAUAAAUGUCCACAUUGUACACAAAACUCUCUUCAUCUCUUUGAUAUCCACCCAAUAUUAUGCGUACUUAAAAUCCCAUCUCUGAAAACUCUCUAUCUCUCUCUCUCUGAAUUUUAAUAACAUGGUACAGUCCAGAAAGUUCAGAGGAGUGAGGCAGCGCCAGUGGGGCUCUUGGGUGUCAGAAAUUCGCCAUCCUUUACUUAAGAGGAGGGUGUGGCUCGGGACAUUUGAGACAGCAGAGGCAGCAGCAAGAGCAUAUGACCAAGCAGCCAUAUUGAUGAAUGGACAAAAUGCCAAGACCAAUUUCCCCACCUCAAAUAACAACAACAGCUCUGGUCAAGACACAAAGCCCACUAACCAAGACUCUCCAUGGUCUCCCAAGGCACUUUCAGAGCUGCUCAACUCCAAGCUCAGAAAAUGCUGCAAAGACCCAUCUCCCUCCCUCACUUGCCUGAGGCUUGACAAUGACAAUUCUCACAUUGGGGUGUGGCAGAAGCGCCCUGCCGGAUCGCGGGCAAGCUCGAAUUGGGUCAUGAGGAUCGAGCUUGGCAAGAAAAAGAAACACAUUUCUGAUCAUCAUGGAUCCAUGUGCUCCUCAUCCUCCUCCUCAUCCUCCUCAUCCUUUUCGUCAUCGACGAGUUCAUCAAUGGUGGGAUUGAUUGAGGCUGGAAUGAGUGAAGCAGAUCAGGAUGAAGAGGAUAAGCUUGCAAUGCAGAUGAUAGAAGAGUUACUUAAUUGGAAUUAUCCAAUUCCUUCACCAACAAGUAAUGUUCAAGAAGGAAAUAUUAUUUAAAGGGAAGUUGGGAACCAACCAGCUGCUUCAAUUCCUAGCCUUUAAUCAGUCCUUGAAGUUAAGUAUAGCAGUAGUAUUUCAAAUCAUAAAAUGCCACCUCACUCUUGUGUUGUGACUGGUAACUGGGAAAAUUGUAUAAAGACUAAUUAAAUUAAAACCACUUGUAGAUGCUGGUCAAGGUUUGUGGUUGGUUGUAGCAAAUACUUGUCUUGAAAUGGUAAAAUGUAGAUAACUAAGCUCACCUCUUUCUGCAGAUUUGGUUCAUUUCAGCAUACUUACAUAAUUUAUAACUUGUUUACUUGCUAAUUUGGUAAAUAUAAUAAUUAUACUUUCACUUUAUCUUGUAUUUAUGACCCAAAUAUGAUGAGAAAAGAAAAAUGCUCAAAGCAUCAUACCAUGUUAUUGUUCUGCUGUCGUUUUUUUCAAAUAAAAAAUAAAAAAUUUAUGAAACGCAGUAACAUUGGUGCAUUCUUUUACGGACAAAUUCAAAAAUAGAAAAAUAGUCAAAAGAAUUUGACACAUAUAUAUACCUGAUAUUUUCCAUAUAUAGGAAUGUUUAUUUUAUCUUUUUGGCCAAACCCUAGGACUCUCAUAAUAUCUUGAUUCUCCACUAGGUGUCGUCGUGUGUCUCAGAUGAUUGCUGUAUAAAUUACAGUGGGAGUUUUCAGGCAGAAAAAAAAAAA